AUGGCCUCCACCAUGUUACAGACUGGUGCUUUUGUCCUGGGCAUUCUUGGUGUUGCAGCUCUUAUUGCUGCCACUGCCAUGAAUAACUGGAGCAGUCAGGAUCGUCAGGGGAAUGUUGUAACUGCUGUGUACACUUAUAAGGGACUUUGGAGAAAUUGUGAAGUAUCCACAUCAGGGUUUACCGAAUGUCGGCCUUUCUAUGGUCUCCUGGGUUACGCAGGUUCUUUUCAAGCUGUGAGAGCCCUGAUGAUUGUGGGAAUCGUUAUGGGAGUCAUCAGUGCUUUGAUUAGCCUUUUCUCCCUGAAGUGCUUUAGAAUGGGCAACAUGGAAGAUUCUACCAGGGGAAAAAUGACUCUGACUGCUGGAAUCCUGUUCAUGGUUGCAGGUAUUUGUGGCAUCGCUGGAGCCUCAAUCUAUGCCAAUCAGAUUGUGGCUAGUUUUAGAAGUACCAUGUACAACUACAAUGAUGGUGGCAUGGGACAGAUGGGAGGAAUUGGAGGCAUGGGCGGAAUGGGGGGAGGAAACCUUAUUCCAAGGUACACUUUUGGACCCGCGCUUUUUGUGGCUUGGGUAGGAGGAGCAUUGGUGCUGUUGGGUGGGAUAUUGGAUUGUGUUGCCUACAAAGGACUUCUGCCUGAGAAGACUAGCUAUGGAGCAGUGGCUUACAAAGCCCCUUCCCACCACAAUGCAACUGUACAGCACAUUGCCACUGAAGAAGGAAGGAGAGACCAAAAAUAUGUCUGAUCCUAAUCCUGCCAUCUUCAUGUCAUAUCAGUAGUUGCAGAAUGAAAUCAUGUUGGGAUUAAAAUAACUACUGUCAUAAUGAUUUUAAAAUAUAUUGCUUCUUCAGGGGUACUUAAAUAAAGAAUAAUACUCAGGACAUAGGCUAAUGAUCUGCAUUUGCAACGAUCUUCCAGGAACAACAUGUCAGUGUGACAUGGCCUUAAUCAAUUGGAUGCUGUGGCCUUGCUGUGGCCUUGCUUAGUUAUACUUAUACUUAUUUUUUUAUAUUUUUAUUCUAAAACACUAAAGAAAAUGAAUAAUGAAUAAUGUUAUUAUUCAGUAUGUUUUUGCAUGACUGUUGGUGGUAUAGUAUUAAAAACUGCAAUUCAUUGCCUGAGAAAUGUAUGUUGAAUCUAUAGAAUCACAAGAUUUCACGCGCUUAGACUAUCACAAGACUGAUUUCAAAUUUCAUGCUUUUAUCGCAAAGUGAUCGAUUAUUGCGCUUAGCCGCCCUACUAAUUGCUGUUGUCAGUAUUUGCUGAAGGAAUUUUCACACAUUGGCCUUCAUUUAUGAAAUGUGCGUACGACAUGAAACAGGUAUGACCAGCGAAGGCCUACGCUUAUUUCCAAGCAAAGCAUGGCAUUUAUCAAUUCGAAUGUGAGCAGCAGUGGCUUGGCUAUGCUCGAUUCUCAUGUUUAGUCAUGUCUCAACUUGUGUACACACAUUUUCCAGGUGGCAUAGCACUGUGCAGCAAUAAAUGGGCGGUGAAUUGGAAAGUUGAAUUAAUGGAAUAUCGUGGUAUAGACUUUUCCAGCACAUUUGCAGCCUUGCUGUAUGUUGCGUGUUAUGUUACAUUUGAUGGCUUAAGAUAGCUAUAGGCUAUGUGGAGAGAGUUAUUUUCUAUUCUAAAACAGAUAGUUCCGGUCCUUGAUUGUGAUUGGCUGAAUCGAGUUCGAUGCCGUUGUAAAUAUCACAAUAAACUCGUAAGUGACGCCAUUCAAGUUCCGGUACAUUUCCUGUACAUGGGACCUCAAAAAGAAAUUCUGAUGCAUGUAAGUCAAUAGCGGAAUUCAAUUAUAUUUUUAGUCCCGUUUAAAUUGGGUCAUAAAUUACACAUAUGCUGUUCCUGAAAUUUUUAUUGAAUUUUUAGUACCGAUAACGUAACAAUCUAGCAGGAAGAAGUUUGCUCCUGUUAAGAUAUUUGAGCAAGCACUUCACGAACUACAGCGACGUCACCUCUCAAGACUGAGGUGCGGGAACAGAACAUCAAGGCCAUUAGCUGUUGGCGAUGUUAGCUGCCAAUCGAGUUAGCAGCUAAGUCAACUAUAAGUUCAUUUCAUGGGCACUUAUCUCCCACCUGAUUUAUCCAGCUACUCCUGUUCUUUUGGUCUUUCGGGAACCACCGAGGAGCAAAACAAACAGGCAUACUGAGUUUAGCACAAACUAACGUUAGCGAUCUUGCUCGCAAAGGUACUAGUGUUGAAAUUUGGAGGGACGAGUGACGUGACUUAUGCGACAAAAUGUCUGUUAUCCAAACGUUAUUUUAACAGCAUUUAACUGGACAAUCUCCGAACAAAUUGACUAUGUUUUUGCAUGAACAUUUCAUAUUUAGUCUCUAAAUCAGCAUAUGUGUAAUGCAGGUCAUACAAGGACUGGGACCAGAAGAUAUCUGUCCCUUCCCAUGUUAAAAAAUUGAUGCUUAAGGUCCCAUGGGGAAAACGGAAGGGGAUAAAUCGGGGCGUGACUUACGAGCUCUAUAGUGAUGCGCUACCACAAAAGUGUGGCUGUGUCUUGUUGUUGCAUGGCAACCAUUCAUAUGGAGGGAAUAUAUUUCUUGGCGGAAGAAAGAUUAUCUAUGAAUACAUCAUUGCAUUGUCGUUGCUGUGCCUUUGUUUCAUGAAAUCUUGCUAGAUCGACGUAGUAACCGUUUUAGAAAAGCAAUAACAACGCCCCUUAGCUGUUCGGUUAUACAGUAUAACCCACGGCCUCUCGGGGCUUAUUGCUUAAUUAUAAGAUUUGUUUUAUUAUUUUCAAUUUUUUGCACUCACAUCUACACUGGUUUCUAGGCUCGGUUGAUAAAUAAAGGCCAUUGUGAUUACAGUUGUAUAUAUUGUCCUGAACAAAUGAAAUGUACGGAACCUUGGAGGGAUAUUUGUUUUUACAUCCAGAAAACACAAACUCAAUAUAGCCUAAUUGUGUGCAUGUUUUACUAUAUAGCGCAUUCAUUUGAGUAACUUAUGCUCUCAAUUUUGUAGAUUGUACACACAAUUUACUAAAUCGUCAGUGUGCUCAUUUCACAAAUUUUUGCUCUCACUUUAUUUUUUGUAAAAUGGCCGCACAAUUUAGUAAAACAUGCGCACAAGUAAAUUGGCACACAAUAUUAAAAUGUGCACAAGAUUUAAUAAAUCUCGGGCUCCGUAGAAAUGCACUUACAUUUUGUAAUUAAAUUAUUGAAUUAUGUUC